AUGGCUCCUGAGCUUGUCCAAGGUGCUUUGAAACCAGCCGGGUUCACCAAACCUGCUAGCUUACUUAGCCGGGCUUAUGUAACAUUCUUGGCUGGUAAUGGAGAUUACGUGAAAGGUGUUGUUGGGUUAGCCAAAGGAUUAAGGAAGGUCAAAUCGGCAUACCCGUUAAUCGUUGCAGUUUUACCCGACGUGCCAGAGGAACACAGGCGGAUAUUGGAGUCACAGGGGUGCAUAGUCCGGGAAAUUGAACCCGUUUACCCGCCAGAGAACCAGACCCAGUUUGCCAUGGCUUAUUAUGUCAUCAACUACUCGAAGCUCCGUAUCUGGGAGUUUGUGGAAUACAGCAAGAUGAUAUACUUGGAUGGAGAUAUACAGGUUUAUGACAACAUAGACCACUUAUUUGAUCUGCCUGAUGGGUAUUUCUAUGCAGUGAUGGAUUGUUUCUGUGAGAAAACAUGGAGCCACACUCCACAAUACAAGAUUGGCUAUUGCCAGCAGCGCCCUGACAAGGUUAAGUGGCCAGCUGAGAUGGGUCAACCACCAUCUCUUUACUUCAAUGCUGGUAUGUUUGUGUUCGAGCCUAGCAUCUCCACUUAUCAUGAUCUCUUGGAGACCCUCAAAGUCACUCCUCCUACCUCAUUUGCAGAGCAGGACUUCCUGAACAUCUACUUCAAGGAUAUUUACAAGCCAAUUCCUCUAGUUUACAAUCUUGUUCUUGCCAUGUUAUGGCGUCACCCAGAAAAUGUGGAGCUUGACAAAGUCAAAGUUGUUCAUUACUGUGCAGCGGGCUCAAAGCCAUGGAGAUACACUGGCAAAGAAGAGAACAUGCAGAGAGAAGACAUAAAGAUGCUGGUGAAGAAAUGGUGGGACAUUUACAACGAUGGAUCACUGGAUUACAAGAAAUCUGUGGCGGAUGGUACUGCUGCGAAGCCAGUGAACUUGCAGCCAUUCAUUGCAGCUCUAUCUGAAGCCGGUGCUGUUCAAUAUGUCACCGCCCCAUCUGCGGCUUAG